AUGAUAAGAAUUGACGAAGACUGUAAGCUCAAAGGUAUUUACAAAAUAGCUGCCUUACUUCCUUCAUUAAAAACUUCUCAUGUCGUCAUUAAACAACAAACUCUUCCAUACACUUCAAUCCCUUCAAUAGAAAUAAAUUCUGAAUUAUCUGCUUUACAAGACUUUCCUAGUGAUAUUUUUUAUAACCCAAGUUCAACAACACAAAAGACAUCUGAAGACUUCACUAUUUUCCAAGACGUUGAACAAGAAAGUGACAUUGAUGAAUAUCGUGUUGAUGCGAUUAAAGAAAUGUUAACAAAAGAAUUUGGACAAGUUUAUUUACCUACUGCUUCUCUCAAAUCUAAAACGUUUUUGAGAAUUGUAGAUGAAAGUUUAUACACCGAAUUAAUGCAACAAUCAGAUGUAUUAUUAAAUUCAUUAUCAACAGUUGAUGCUCUUGAAACUCAAUACAGAAAUAUUGCAGACCAAUUAACAGAAAUUACUACCUAUUUCUAUCAAAUCAAAACUACUUUAGAAUCAUAUGCUUCAAAAUCAUCUCUUUCAUUUUUACGAUAUAGAAAUUUAUGUAGUGUUCAACAUUUGUUAGAACAAAUUCACUCAUGUUCUAAUUUACUCGAAGACGCAAAUAAUACAACUGAAAUUGACCCAAUUCAAGCUAUUGAUAUGAUUGAUCGUGCGUUAAAUGGAUUAAAUAAAUUAUCUACUAUCCAAUGUUCUCAACAACUUAUUGUUAAAGCAAAUGAAACAAAAAAAACUAUUACAGAUAAAAUUAUAGAGAAAAAGAAAGAUAUUUAUGAAAUAUUAAAUAAAAUAAAUUAUCAGGCAUCAACAUUAUAUGAAUUUAAUGAACAAAGUUGGAUGAAUGAAUUUGAUCAAGAAAGAAAAACAUUUACUGACAUUAUAGUUGUCUUCCAUACAAAACAUUCCCAAAAUAUCAAUGUUUGUUUUCUUUAG